AUGUUUUCAGGAGUGUGUUGUUUCACUUCUAAGUUGCACAAGCUCUCCUAUAGAGAUUACCUUUGGACAAGAACAUACAUUAUGAACGGGCCUUCAUAUUACGAGUUCUAUAGAAGGAGCACUGUUGGUGCAACUUUAGCAGAUGCGCUUGAUACACUGAUUGUGGACCAGCGUAUCCAACCUCAACUUGCAAUGAAAGUAUUGGAAAACUUUGAUAGAGUCACAUCCGAACGUCUCCGUACAGAUGUCAAGGCAAAGAUGUCAUUCAAAGGUCAUUUGAGCACAUACAGAUUCUGUGAUGACGUAUGGACCUUUGUUAUUAAAGAUGUUGUUAUGAAAUUAGAUGGAGGAGAGUCCAUAGAUGUUGGAAAGUUCAAGAUAGUUGCUUGUAACAGCAAGAAAUCAGGAGAAUAG